GGCUGUGGGCAUGUGCUCUCAGAACCUCUUCAUCUCUCUUCUGUCUUUUAUGUCUCUGUGUCUACUGCACAAAUGUAAUAACAUUGUUUUUCUUUCCUGAGUUGGCGAAAACAAAAUGAAGGUAGAGAGCCCAGCUCUGCUCAAACGGACACCUGCUUGUGUCUCAACCUCUCUGACCUGUCUUUAAUUUAUCUCUGUCUCUGUUAUUUCCUCUCUCAGGGUGUGCCUUCCUCACAUACUGUGCAAGAGAAUCAGCGCUAAAAGCUCAGACCGCGCUCCACGAGCAGAAGACGCUACCUGGGAUGAACAGGCCAAUCCAGGUGAAGCCAGCUGACAGUGAGAGCAGGGGAGAAGACAGAAAACUCUUUGUUGGCAUGCUGAAUAAGCAGCAAUGUGAGGACGAUGUGCGGCGGCUUUUUGAGUCCUUCGGGAGCAUCGAGGAGUGCACCAUCCUCAGAGGUCCUGAUGGAAACAGCAAAGGUUGUGCAUUUGUGAAGUAUUCCACUCAUGCAGAAGCUCAGGCCGCUAUCAGUACUUUACACGGCAGCCAAACCAUGCCUGGCGCUUCUUCCAGCCUGGUGGUGAAGUUUGCAGACACAGAUAAGGAACGGACCAUUCGACGCAUGCAGCAGAUGGCCGGUCAGAUGGGCAUCUUCAAUCCGAUGGCCCUGCAGUUUGGAGCGUACGGCGCCUAUGCACAGGUUCAGCAGCAGGCAGCGCUGAUGGCAUCAGUGGGUCAGGGAGGAUAUCUCAGCCCUAUGGCGGCUUUUGCUGCUGCACAGAUGCAACACAUGGCCACUAUAAACGGCCUCCCAGGGGCUCCCAUGACCCCAACAUCAGGUGGAAGCACGCCCCCUGGCAUCACAGCUCCCACGGUGACCAGCAUUCCAUCUCCAAUUAGUGUCAACGGUUUCACAGGUCUGCCUCCUCCUCAGGCCAACGGCCAGCCCCCAGCGGAAGCCAUGUUUACCAAUGGAAUCCAUCCGUACCCAGUUUUGCAGGAAGUGGUGUUUAGGGAAGACUCGGAGAAGGGCGGCCUGGGCAUGGCACAGAGAAGUUGUUUUGGGGUUCAGGGAAGCUGCUUCCUGUCGUCUCUAUCAGAAGCUCAGAGUCCCACCGCAGCAGACCCCCUACAGCAGGCCUACGCUGGAGUCCAACAGUAUGCAGCCUUCCCC